UACGAAGUCUCAGGGUGGCCUCGAACUCACGGCGAUCCCCCUACCUCUGCCUCCGGAGUGCUGAGAUUAAAGGCGUGAGCCACCGACGCCGCCCGAAGAUCAAACUUAAAGGGCGGGCAAAAAGUCUUGUACGUUUGGUAGAUGUGGAGCCCUUUCCAUCACGCAUUUUUUGUGCUCUCAGACUAAUUGGAAGGCCUGUCGAUGGUGUUCAUCAAGGGUAGUUCCUAAUGAAAAAAUAAGAAAUAUUGGAAUCUCAGCUCACAUUGAUUCUGGGAAAACUACAUUAACAGAAAGGGUGCUUUACUACACUGGAAGAAUUGCACAGAUGCAUGAGGUGAAAGGUAAAGAUGGAGUUGGCGCUGUCAUGGAUUCCAUGGAACUGGAGAGACAAAGAGGAAUCACUAUUCAGUCGGCAGCCACCUAUACCAUGUGGAAAGAUGUCAAUAUCAACAUUAUAGACACUCCUGGCCAUGUGGACUUCACAAUAGAAGUGGAAAGGGCCCUCCGAGUGUUGGAUGGUGCAGUCCUUGUUCUCUGUGCUGUUGGAGGGGUGCAGUGCCAGACCAUGACUGUCAAUCGUCAGAUGAAGCGCUACGAUGUUCCAUUUUUAACUUUCAUUAACAAACUGGACCGAUUGGGCUCCAACCCAGCCAGGGCCUUACAGCAGAUGAGGUCUAAACUGAGUCAUAAUGCAGCAUUUGUGCAAAUGCCCAUUGGUUUGGAGGGCAAUUUUAAAGGUGUUAUAGAUCUUAUUGAAGAACGAGCUGUCUACUUUGAUGGAGACUUUGGUCAGAUUGUUCGAUAUGAUGAAAUUCCAGCUGAACUGAGGGCGGCAGCUGCUGAACACCGGCAGGAGCUGAUUGAAUGUGUUGCCAAUUCAGACGAUCAGCUUGGGGAGCUGUUCUUGGAAGAAAAAAUCCCCUCAGUUUCUGAGUUAAAGCUUGCAAUCCGAAGAGUUACUCUGAAUAGAUCAUUUACUCCUGUGCUAUUGGGAAGUGCAUUGAAGAACAAGGGCGUCCAGCCUCUUUUAGAUGCUGUUUUAGAAUACCUCCCAAAUCCAUCUGAAGUUCACAAUUAUGCUGUACUUAGUCUGGAUGACUCAAAAGAGAAAACCAAAAUCUUAAUGAACUCCAAAAGAGACAGUUCCCACUCAUUUGUAGGACUUGCUUUUAAAUUGGAGGCAGGACGUUUUGGACAGUUAACUUAUGUCCGCAAUUAUCAGGGAGAGCUUAAGAAGGGUGACACCAUCUACAACACAAGGACAGGAAAGAAAGUACGGGUGCAGCGGCUUGUUCGCAUGCAUGCAGACAUGAUGGAGGAUGUUGAAGUAGUAUAUGCUGGAGACAUCUGUGCCUUGUUUGGCAUUGACUGUGCUAGUGGAGACACAUUCACAAACAAAGAUAACAGUGGCCUUUCUAUGGAAUCAAUUCAUGUUCCUGAACCUGUCAUUUCAGUAGCAAUGAAGCCUUCUAACAAGAAUGAUCUGGAAAAAUUUUCAAAAGGUAUUGGCCGGUUUACAAGAGAAGAUCCAACAUUUAAAGUCCACUUUGACACUGAGAGCAAAGAGACAAUUGUAUCUGGAAUGGGAGAAUUACACCUGGAAAUCUAUGCUCAGAGAAUGGAAAGAGAAUAUGGCUGUCCUUGUAUCAUAGGAAAGCCUAAAGUUGCCUUUAGAGAGACCAUUACUGCCCCUGUCCCGUUUGAGUUUACACACAAAAAACAGUCAGGUGGUGCAGGCCAGUUUGGAAAGGUGAUAGGCGUGCUGGAGCCCCUGGACCCAGAGAACUACACCAAAUUAGAGUUUUCUGAUGAAACAUUUGGGGCAAAUGUUCCAAAACAGUUUGUGCCUGCUGUAGAAAAGGGGUUUUUGGAUGCCUGUGAGAAGGGCCCUCUUUCUGGUCACAAGCUCUCUGGGCUCCGAUUUGUGCUGCAAGAUGGAGCACAUCACAUGGUUGAUUCCAAUGAAAUCUCUUUCAUCCGAGCUGGAGAAGGUGCUCUUAAACAAGCCUUGGCAAAUGCCACAUUAUGUAUUCUUGAACCUAUUAUGUCUGUGGAAGUUAUAGCCCCAAAUGAAUUUCAGGGACCAGUAAUUGCAGGUAUUAAUCGGCGCCAUGGGGUCAUCACAGGGCAAGAUGGAAUUGAGGACUAUUUUACACUGUAUGCAGAUGUUCCUCUAAAUGAGAUGUUUGGUUAUUCCACUGAACUUAGAUCUUGCACAGAGGGAAAGGGAGAAUACACUAUGGAAUAUUGCAGAUAUCAGCCGUGUUUACCAUCCACACAAGAUGACCUCAUUAAUAAGUAUUUGGAAGCUACAGGUCAACUUCCUGUAAAAAAAGGAAAAGCUAAGAACUGACUUUACUUAUUGAAGUCCCUAUAAUAGAAUCUGCAAGUGAUAGAAGUGAAUUAAGAGUCCUGAAAAACAUUUUGGAAGUCCUACUAUUUUACAAAUAUAUAUAUAUAAAAAUAAUUCUAUGUAUAUUUCAAUUGUAUUUGCCAUUUUUAUAGUUUAUUGAAAGACUUAAAAGUAAAAUAAGAUCGUUACUGAAAUGCAUCUAAUAUUUAUUUAAGGGAAGAAAGACUAAUUUCAGUUUAGAAUGUGUAUAGAUUUACUUUCCAAAUUGUUAGAGUCAGGGUCUGGCUGUGUAGCUGAGGCUAGCCAUACUCACGAUCCUCCUGCUGAGUGCUGGAAUUACGCGUGGGCAGCACCAUGCCGAAGUGCCCAGUUAUUUUAUUUUUUUAUCAUGAGGAUUUCCAAUAGAGAAGAGUUGGGGAAACAGUAUAAGAAUACAGUAAACAAUUUUAUAACAGUCCGUUUAUCAAAUAAUUUGCUACAGUCUGUGUCUCAUACAUUGUCUUAGAAGAACAUGACAUUGCUUGGAGUGUCAAUGAGCAGGCUUUUCUGUUUAACAGUGGAAUCCUUGUGAUAUUUCUAGAUCUUCAUUGGAAUGUUAAAUACUAGCUACAUUUCUAGCUCACAUCUAUGGCUGAUUGCCCAUUUAUGGCUUCUGCAAAUUUAUACUCUAUUUAGGAGUACUGUUAUUCACAGCCUUAUGUUAUAUAAAAAAUUCUUAAAUACACUGUUCUUAUUUGUGUUCAUAGUCUGAUAAAAUAUAAUUGCUUAACCUUAAGUUUGUCCAGCCAGGCCAGAUGACUGAAUGAGUGCAAUAGUGGCAAGUCUGUUAUGGGGGAAACCAACCACUCUCUAAUUGGACUGGGAAGCAAGCCUGUUUCCUGGGAGGGAAUACAUGUCUGUUGCUGAAAGCCUAAUUUAAAGCCUAUGGCAGGGGUGAUCAUGGGCCGAAGAAGUAUAACUCCUGCUCUUGUAUGGUCAAAUGCCCUAUAAAGUUCAUUCCCAUAUAUUAAUACUUCUAUCACUUUUGGUUUGAGAAGCUUCUCUUUUCAGAUGGGUGGUGACUACUGGGAUAACCUAAAAGGCACUGCAGUGCCAAGAAGUGACAGAGGAGUAUUCAGCACUGAAACAUCUCUGUCAUUUCUUCCAAGGCUCAGGAACCAUCGCAGAAGAGGUGGCAGGAAGAAAGUAAGAGCCAAAGGAAGGGUAUGACCGCUUAUGAUAUAGUCGGUCAGAUACAAAUUGCUUUUGAUAUCCAUGACCACACAGUGCCUAGCACUACCUUCACAAGAACCUCAUAAUAGGAGGAAAAGAUGAUAACAUCAAAAUAAAAGAGAAACGAAUUGAGAGGGGGAGAGGAUAUGAUGGAAAGUGAAUUUGUGAAGGGGAAAUAGGGGGAGGGGAGAGAAUUAUGGUUGAUUAUAAUUAUGAAAGUUGUCAAUAAAUAAGUUUAAAUAUGUAUAUACAUAUAUUAUUGCUGCCCAAUUGGUUCAUUUACAUGGUAAAUGAUGAUUGUUGAAUUUGAGUCUAUUAGAAUUUAUCAUGUAUUGUAUUCUUUGAAAUUGUGAAAGGACAGCUGUUAAGCUUUUGUGUUCAGAAGUUAGAUUUUUUCCUGCUGUCCUAUCAUCUUUUUUCAAAUUUCUUCAUCCAAAAAAAGUAUGUGAUGCCAUAUUCAUAUCUUAGCUUCCCUUAGUGUAUUACCUGUACUAGAUGAUAGAAAUAAAUUAUUUUAAUUUUU